AUGCCAAUAGGUUUUAACAACCGCUGGAUAUUCUGCUUGCAUACGCUUCUUGCUCUCGCAACCGCUGCUGCUGCCUUCCGCAUACUUAGGCGCUUCGAGCCCUCUACCUUCCUCUCGAAAGGAUACACAAAACCACUACACGCCGAAUCUUCAAGCACAAUGUCUCGCUCCCGUGUGUUCUUUGACAUCGCCAUUGGUGGCGCGCCUUCCGGCCGCAUCGAGUUCACCCUCUUCGACGACAUCGUCCCCAGGACCGCCGAGAACUUCCGCUCCCUGUGUGUCGGUGACAAGACCGUCCAGGGUGUGAAGUGCCACUUCAAGAACUCCAUCUUCCACCGCAUCAUUCCCCAGUUCAUGUGCCAGGGUGGUGACAUCACCAACCACAACGGCACCGGCGGCAUGAGCAUCUACGGCAGGCGCUUCAACGACGAGGACUUCUCCGUCAAGCACAACAAGGCUGGUCUUCUCUCCAUGGCCAACAGCGGCCCCAACACCAACGGCAGCCAGUUCUUCAUCACCACUGUUGAGUGCCCGUGGCUCGACGGCAAGCACGUCGUCUUCGGUGAGGUCACCAGCGGCAUGGACGUCGUCAAGAAGAUGGAGAAGCACGGCUCUGGCAGCGGUGCCACCAGCAAAGAGGUCAAGAUUGUUGACUGCGGUGCUCUUUAA